ACAGAUAACAGACGAAAUUUUGGUUACGUGAAAGAAAGAGCUUUAGUCUUGUUCAUGUGACGAAAAUAUGGAAUAUUUAGUUUCCAAACGUUUAGUCUUGUAUUCAAAUUACAAGGGCAGGUACUGACAGUUAGUGACAAUUACUUGGUCACGUUUUAAUCGCCAGAGCUGUUGCUUUCAUGUCGUCGGAAGGUUAUGUGAUGAAUCCAGUGAUGCCUAGGUCAAGCGCAUGUGAACCCAGUAGCAUUGACUCAGCAGAUAAGACACGCUUGCAGUGUGCGAUUGAAGAGCGCAGAGCAAGUUCGUGGCUGAAUCACUCUGCAGCAGAAGAUUUUGUGAAUAGCCUGAAAGUUGAAGACAUCGACACCGAACAUCAUACAUCAGCGAUGGAUAUUAUUUCAAAUAAUCCAGUGUUGAAGUCAUUUAUAGCUGGUUCUCUUUCGGGAACGUUUUCCACUGUGAUGUUUCAGCCCCUGGAUUUAGUCAAGACUAGACUUCAAAAUACAGUGCCUGCUGCUGUUGGGCAUCGAUCAUCUGGUAUGAUAACUAUUAUGAUCCACAUCCUUCGGAAGGAACAUCUUGCAGGGUUGUGGAAGGGCAUGACUCCUUCAAUAACACGCUGUGUGCCAGGUGUUGGGCUGUACUUUUCAUCACUUCACUGGCUGAAAUCGCACCUUGUGCAAGGAGAUCCUGGACCGAUGCAGGCAGUUGCAUUGGGCAUGAUGGCAAGGACAUUGUCUGGAGUUCUUCUUAUACCAAUCACAGUUGUGAAAACACGUUUUGAGAGUGGAGUGUACCAAUAUGGAGGUGUGACAGAGGCACUGCGUGUCAUAUACAGGACAGAAGGUGCCCGUGGACUAUGCUGUGGUCUGCUUCCAACACUUAUUAGAGAUGCACCAUUCUCAGGGAUAUACUUAAUGUUUUACACGCAAGCUAAGAAAACAGUGCCACAGGAAUGGCUUCAGCAGACAUCAGCAGGUGGCAACAGCUUCACACAUUUUGGGUGUGGGGUGAUUGCUGGUGUAAUGGCAUCAGUGGUUACUCAACCUGCAGAUGUGCUCAAGACGAAGAUGCAGCUCUAUCCACAUAAAUUUUCAUCUGUGCUGUCUGUUGUUAUGUAUGUCCAAAAGACUUAUGGAUUUCGAGGCUACUUCAAAGGACUGGCUCCUCGAAUGCUCAGAAGAACAUUGAUGGCUGCUAUGGCAUGGACAGUUUAUGAACAGAUAACUAGACAGAUUGGAUUGAAAUGACCCCUGCUAUCGCUGCAUUAUAUGUGGCGCAAUGCUGUUACGCAAUAGUAUUAUAUUCAUCAGACUGCUGAGAGCAUGUUGACAUCAUCCCUCUUGAAAUGAGAUAGUGUCAUUGCUUCAGGGAAGAAAAAUUCUUUGCACAUGCGGCAACGAAGAUGCGACUGAUAGUAGUGUAAGCUGUAAUGUCAUUGAUGUGUGUGAUACUGUUCUUGCAAACAAAGUUGACAAUUUGCACGGUGGCUGAUGGAAGUGACUGUAGAGGCAUUUCACAUUUACAGAAACUCCCAUCACACACCAUGCCAAGUGUCAACCUGGUUCGUGAGAAUGGUAGCUGAGAGCAACAGAUGUCACACCUUAUUUAUUCCCUCUUAAUGUUCAUUGAAUAUUUACAGUCAAAGGAACCAUAUGAAGUCAGCUGUUGUAAGGUCAUUAAAUAAUCAAAUUAACUAUGCUCAGAUUACCUAUAUUCAUAUCUUCUUCCAGAAAAGUCAUGCAAGUGCAGAUAUCUGAAUUUGCAAUUAUUUUUCACAGAUUGUGAUCCUUUAUUUCCAACCAGUCAAUGAAAUCUGUUGUGCAAGCAUUUAUUGUAGGGUAUUUCAUGGGAGAUUUAUUUUAUGUAAGACUUUACAAAUAUGUAAACAUAAUGUCUGUUGUAUUUUUGAUAGCUGUUGACUUUUAUACUCUGUAUCAAGAUACAAUUUUGAAAAUUAUUUUUAAUAACUAUACCAUUUACUAUAACCCUACUUACUUAUGAAUUUAUAGACAAAUGCAUAUUCUGCGUGUGACAUAGAAUGUGGAUUUAUUCAAGCUCUGUUAAUCUUUUGCAUUCCUGGAAAUAAGACUUUCCAAAUAAUAAUUAAUUACAUUGAAAGUGAGCUUAUAGAGAUGAAGCUUUCACGAUACAAAAUGUGCAAUGAUAAAGUCAUUUUUUUAAAGAAGUAAGAACCAUUUCCUUGGACAGGAUGAACAAACAUUGGUUUAUGUGCUACGUCUCGAUCAAAAUUGAUGUAUACUUCAACUGAUACUGCGUGGAUGAAUCAUUAAUAAAGAUUCACCUGCUUGCAUUUGAGCCACAGGGAUUUCAGUUGGGACCUAUUCGACAGGGUUUUUUUUCUGUUUACUUAUGGAUGGAACAAUAUUUCAGAGCAUUUCGCUGUGUAUAUUGCCUUUAAAAUAUAUAAAGUGCUAUACACAUACUGUAAACUAGCAAUUCUAUCCAGGCGUGCUAGGAACAAAUGUAAGUAAUCCCCACAUCACCCAAGAUUACGCCCACAAGGUAGAUUGCUUAUAUUUCACUUUUUACUGGAUCGGACUACAUGAAAAUAACAAUUUCACAUAGUUAAAACUAUAAUUUUUAUUGCCACAAAUGAUAAUAUUGCUGUCUGAUUGUGUGCAUCAGCAAGAACCAAGGCUCUGGUGGGUCUGAUGCCUGUGGUUCCAAUUACAGCGCAUGUAUACAUAGUUAUUUGCAUUAAAGAUGAAAUCACAAGUCAAAUCAUUGUGAAUAUGUAUAAAAGCAUCUUAUAUGGUCUGGUUGUUCCCCCCCCCCCCCCCCCCCCCAAAAGCUAAGUCAUUAUCAUCUAUGGAAUGAUUGUCUUUUCUAUCAUUUUAAAUGUCUGGUGAAACGUUUUAAACUGUGAAACUUUGGCUCACAUUUAAAAACUGGAAAGUCAUAUUUCACAUUCUUUCCAACUAGAGGCUUUAAGAAUAUUGUGUGUGUUUACAGUAACUGGUAUAAGAAAGAUGUAAU